AUUUACUAUCAUAUCAAACAACAAGUAAAUCAUCUCAAUUUUACUCAUAACUUUAUUUCCCUUCUGCGUUUGUUUUUACUCUACGUUUCGAAUGUUGGCAUGAAAUUAUACUCAGCUGCACAAAUGGACCACUAGCUUCUGCUUCACGAGGCAAAGACAGUAUUCUCCCAAUGGAAGCAGAGUUGGAUUUGGAUCCCGAACAGCAAGAGAUGAUGGAAGGAGGUUUUUCCCAAAUUCAUUCAAUUGAUCCUAGGAGGGCUCGAUUUCCGUGCUCUGUUGUUUGGUCACCACUUCCUGUCAUCUCAUGGUUCAUUCCUUUCAUUGGUCACAUUGGCAUAUGUAGAGAGGAUGGUGUUAUUUUGGAUUUUGCAGGUCCUAAUUUUGUUUGUGUCGACAAUUUUGCAUUUGGUGCUGCCACUCGCUAUCUUCAAAUACCCAAAGAAAAGUGUUGCAUCCCUUUAGGCCAGUCUGCAUACAAGGGUGAGGAACACUACCUGCAGCAUGAAACUGGAGGCGAGUUGAGGACCUGGGACGAUGCUCUAAGGAAAAGCACUCAAGAAUUCCAACACCGGUCUUACAGUCUAUUUACGUGCAACUGCCACUCAUUUGUUGCCAAUAAUUUGAACAGGCUCGGCUACCUGUCCAGUGGAUGGAAUGUAGUGAACCUUGCGAUUUUCAUUUUACUCAACGGACGCUGGGUCAGCAAAGCAUCUAUGCUCCAAACUAUUUUACCAUUUGUGAUUGUAUUUUUUCUUGGAGUCACAUUGGGAGGCUUCACUUUUCUAAAAUUUUGGUCCUUAUUCACUGCAGUUCUUAUUGGUUGGUUCCUUCUUGGCACGUACUGUUUUAAGAAUCUGAUUCAGUUGUAGUAUCUGUUUUUCAUACUGGUAUCCAUUAUACUUUGUAGAAAACAGUAGUAGAUUCCUAGUUUGUGAACAUAAACGUAUACUUUUUGUGCUAAGAUUUAGGAAUCUGAUUCCACUGUAGUAUUUGUCUCUUCUACUGCCGCAUUUUUUUGUAUAAAACUGGAAUGCAUUCGACUUUUUGUGAUAUAUAAUCAUAUAUUUUCUGUAUUCAGAUGAA